AUGGGAGCUUACCGGUCCAUCGAAGUCCCCAUGAGUGUUACAGGCAUGGUGGGUGUAUGGCAGCAGGGCCAGGAGAGUGCUGGAAUUGUGACAAGUGAUGGAGAGUCAUCCCAGGCAUUCAAAGUGCACAAGGGAAUGGGUCUUAUAAAUCACGUCUUCAAUGCAGACAGCCUGAAGAAGCUGUAUGUUUCAAACCUUGGUAUUGGGCACACAAGGUACUCCACCUCCGGAAUUUCUGAGCUGCAGAACUGCCAGCCUUUUGUCGUAGAGACUCUUCAUGGGAAGAUUGCUGUGGCACACAAUGGGGAGCUAACAAAUGCUGUACGACUCAGGAGGAAGCUUAUGCGGCAUGGUGUAGGACUGUCGACCAGUUCUGACAGUGAACUGAUCACCCAGCUGCUGGCUUUCACACCUCCUCUAGAAAAUGACGAUACAGCUGACUGGGUAGCAAGAAUAAAAAAUUUAAUGAAUGAAACUCCAACUUCAUACUCAUUGCUAAUUAUGCAUAAAGACAUAAUCUAUGCAGUACGUGAUCCAUAUGGGAAUCGCCCACUCUGCAUCGGUCGCCUUAUUCCUGUAGGGGACAUGAAUGGAAAAGGGAAAGAUAACAGUGAAACAGAAGGAUGGGUAGUCUCUUCUGAAUCCUGUAGCUUUUUGUCUAUUGGUGCAGAGUACUAUCGUGAGGUCCUUCCUGGAGAGAUUGUGAAAAUUUCCAGAUACGAUGUCCAGACACUGGAUGUUGUACCAAGACCUGAAGGAGAUCCGUCAGCAUUCUGCAUCUUUGAAUAUGUUUAUUUUGCAAGACCAGACAGUAUUUUUGAAGGUCAGAUGGUGUAUUCCGUCAGGAGAAGAUGUGGGCAGCAGCUUGCUAUUGAAGCACCCGUGGAAGCAGACCUGGUCAGCACUGUUCCAGAGUCUGCAACCCCAGCAGCUCUUGGUUAUGCUCAAAAGUGCGGACUGCCAUACGUUGAAGUACUCUGUAAAAACCGUUAUGUAGGAAGAACAUUUAUCCAGCCAAAUAUGAGGUUACGGCAACUUGGUGUUGCAAAGAAGUUCGGCGUUCUGUCUGAUAAUUUUAAAGGCAAGCGAGUUGUUAUCAUUGAUGAUUCAAUUGUGAGGGGCAAUACCAUUUCACCCAUAAUAAAACUACUGAGAGAAUCAGGAGCCAAAGAGGUGCACAUCCGUGUGGCUUCACCUCCCAUAAGAUUUCCUUGUUACAUGGGAAUAAACAUUCCAACUAAAGAAGAACUCAUUGCCAACAGACCUGAAUUUCAUGAUCUUGCAAACUAUAUAGGAGCAGACAGCGUUGUCUAUCUUUCUGUGGAAGGGCUGGUAUCGUCCGUGCAAGAAAGCAUCAAAGCAAGACAAGAGAAUGAGAACAAACUUAAAAGCCAGAAAUCGCGUGUUGGGAAGAUUGGUCAUUGCACAGCGUGUCUCACCGGAGAGUAUCCUGUAGACCUAGAAUGGUGAAUCUUUAGUGGAUGGACACCAGUUCAUCUCUUGUUGAAUGUACCUUUUUCAAAGAUGCCUUCUCGCUAAUAGUCAUCUUAUUUAGGUAAUAGGGAAAUCUUAUUACAAUUGCCGUUACUAAAAUACAUCUUUAUGGGACAGACUUACAGGAAGUCUGAUGUGCUGAUGAAAACAAUGUAAGCAGGUUAAAAUACAAAAUCAUAGUUUUGAUGCAUAGUUGUGCCUUCUAUUUUCUCAUAAAAUACUAUAAAAACCAAAGUUUUUUAAAUUAGGUAGCGGUCCCAGAGUUUUUUGUUUCGGUCUUGCCCCAAAAGAUAUCCCCGUUAGUCUUGUUCACAAAGUACAGAUCGCGAAUCGUGUGGUGCAAUUUCAAAUUAUCCAAGUCUUAAUGCAAAAAAAUACGUGAAGUUUGCUUUUCUCCUUAGGAAAAACACCAGAUUCUGAAGAAUCAAAUUGCUUCCUCAGCAGUUCUUGCUUAGGGUUUUUAAGAAUAGAAGUGCCUAGCUUUGGCAUAUACAGCUAAACAGCCUUUAUUAACCAAGCCCUUUGUAACAGAUUCUCUGAACGUAAUGCC